CUAAAACACAACCACUAUUUAAAUUCCUCCUUCAAUAUGUUUUUCAGAUCACCGUUCACUCAAUUUGGCGUUCAGUCGAUUUGGCCUGAGAGAAAUAGAAGAAAACAAGAUGAACAAGCUAUCUCUCCCAGGCAGAUGGUGCAGUUCAUGGACAAGCAAAUGCGAAAUCGACAAUCCGAAGACUCAAGGAUGCGCCAUGUGGAGAAGGGCUUGAAACUUGCUUCUUACUUCAAGGAUAAAGCGAUUUUGACAAAAAAGAUUGCCUCAUUAAAAAGUUUCUGAAAUUAAAACACAGUUUUAAAACAUUUUUUUGGGUUCAACACAUUUAUUCCAAAAAAAAAAUAAGUAAAAUUAAACCGAAUUUCUGUAGAGUAAAAUUUUGUCGGUAAAAAAACCAACACCAAACUUAUAUCAUUUUUGCUCACCAUCACCAAAGUUGUGUAUAUAAGAAAACACACAAAUAAUUAUGUUUUUUUUUGCACAACAGAUUUAUUUAGAAACACUAUUUUUUAUAUUUUUUUCUUAAGCUUGGCUUUGCAAUUUUUAAAGAACUGAAAUUCCAAAAAAAGUGAUGCUUCCCCACGAGCGAAAGAAGGCGAAAAAGAAGAGGACGAGAAACACGUGCGUGAGUCACGAGGAGAAUCCAUUUCCGCAAUCGGGGAUUUUGAUGUUUUUGCUCCACCGCAGGCUUCCCUCCCUUGCACGCGCGACCUUUCUCUGCAACUCCAUGGACCCUGCGGCGACGGCGGCGAGUUCCUCUUUCGGUGGGUCUUCUCGGCUCGCAGCCUUGGCCCAGCAGCUGCGCCGAUACAAACCGCCGCCUCCUUCAUCGUUCGAUGGCGCCGAGGAGAUGCAGGCAGAUCAGGAGACCGCCGGGAAAGUGGUCUCUCAGGUUGGAUUUCAGGAGUCCAUGGCUUCGAUUCUGAAAGACCCUGAGAGGUUCAGACCCAAGAGAGCGGCUGUGUUGAUCUGUAUCUUCGAAGGAGACGAUGGAGAUCUGCGCGUCAUCCUCACUAAGAGGUCCUCCAGAUUGUCUACUCACUCGGGAGAAGUUUCACUGCCUGGUGGUAAAGCGGAGGAAGAUGAUGUAGAUGAUGGGAUGACUGCAACCAGAGAGGCCGAGGAAGAGAUUGGAUUGGACCCUUCGCUUGUUGAUGUUGUCACUUCUCUCGAACCAUUUCUGUCGAAGCAUCUCCUUAGAGUAAUUCCUGUGAUAGGAAUCUUGAGGGACAAAAAAACAUUCAUUCCGACACCAAAUCCUGCGGAAGUGGAAGCUGUGUUUGAUGUACCCUUGGAAAUGUUCCUUAAGGAUGAGAACCGGAGAUCUGAAGAGAGAGAGUGGAUGGGCGAAAAGUAUUUGAUCCACUACUUUGACUACAAAACAGGAGAUGAGGAUUAUAUGAUAUGGGGUUUAACUGCCGGGAUUUUGAUCAGAGCUGCAUCUGUGACUUAUCAAAGACCACCUGCUUUCGUCGAGCAGUGCCCUAAGUUUAAGUACCCUAAAAUGGUAGAAAAACAUACGUGUAUGCCUUAAUGAUCAUGAUUUUUCGUGUGAUGUUUCCUAGAUUGGUCUUCUUCCCGUAGAAAAUCAACAAAAAGACAAUAACAAUCCAUACAACUGAUCCUGUACCAGUGAAUGAAGAACUAGGCUACUUGCUUGUAUAUAUCUAUGCAGACGCAGAAGCUGAAGCUCCAGAUUCAUUACAAGUUCCCAUGAAUCUUCCGUUUAUGAGGAGAUUAUUGGAUGGGGUGUCUGUCUCUUCACGAUCUAGAGAAGAAUUGGCUGGUUAUGGUUCUAGGCAAACAUCACCCUCAAUUGUGGAUUUGGAGAACAACUCAGACUCACCUUCAAAGGCUCAUUUUCCAUUGUAGAACUUGUACUGAAUAUAUUUGUAUCCUGAACAAAUUUGCAAAUAAACUUGUGAUUUUUAACUAGUUGUGUUGAUAGCCGUCAUUUUAGAUUCAAAGCAAUUAGAUUGUUGUCUCUGGACUAGAUUUGUUGUGUUCCAGUGGUACAUUCAGUUAGGUUUACUUAUUGCCUCGUAGGUCAACCCUAGGACCACCAUUUCUUUGUAUUGAGACCUCUUUUCGUGUUAUUGCAUAGUUUUGGUUUUAUCUAGUUCUGCGUUGGCAUUUUAUUUGUUUGUGUCUGGUUUCGAUUCUGCAUACCUGAAUUUUGGAAGAAUGCAUAUGAACACGUCCCACUGUAGACUUGUUCUAAAGGCAGGAGCUCAAUCCUUUUCCUAUUCUUGCUGCUCAUUCAUGGAGAGUCCAGCAGUGUACAGCAAUUGAAAUUUUACUCUUGGGGUUUUUCCUUUUGAGGGUUUUAUUCUUAAUGAAGAUAGCAACAAACAGCGAGAUUAUCUCUUGGAAGAAAUCUGGAAGCAUUCAGCUAGCGAUGCUCUCUGGUACCGAGAAAGUGUUUUCUUGCUGCACAUUGUGAGCCAGUGGACAUGAAAGCCAAGGAAACCAACUGAUGAAGGUGGUAAGCUUUUGGAUAACCUGGCAGUAUAUUACUCUUGGGGGUUUUAUUCUUGAUGAAGAUGGCACAACAAACAGCUAGAGAAGUUUUACUCUUGGGGGUUUUCCUUUUGAGGGUUCAUAAUUCAGUUGUUGAUGAAGAUGGCAACAAACAGCUAGAUUAUCUCUUGGAAGAAAUCUGGAAGCAUUCAGCUAGCGAUGCUCUCUGAUGCCCUGACGUGAAAGCCAAGGAAAAUUACGCUCCUAACUUUCUCUCUUGAGGAGUUUAUUCUUGAUUUAGCUGGCAACAUACUGAAGCUCGUUCGCUGGGAAGUAGUCAGCUUACAACUAGAUGGUCCUCCCUAAGAAGAUUACUAGUUAAAAGGAUUUAUUGAUUGGGCGUGGAGCGAUUGCUGAUGAGAUGGUUAUAUAAUAUCUACGAUGAAUAUGGUCACAAAUCUGAUCCCAUCGUGGAGGUCAAUACUUACAGGAUCAUAAAUCUCGCCUGAAAAGAGACGAGAGUUACUUUGGAUCAGCGAUAUUAUUCACUGACACCAAGAAGAAAAACUGAAAACAAAUUGCUUCGUCUGUUGACAAGACUUUGAAGUUUGUAUCCAGAAGUUUGGCAUAAUCUUCUUUUUGAAGAAUCUUUGGAUAAGUCAGAGAUUGUGUUCAACGACUCUUCAAUGAAGCAAAAUCUUGUUUUUUCUUCCAAUUGCAACUAUUUACUUCUUUUUAAUAUUUUCAAAGAUUAUGAUGAUAUGAGAAAUUGUAUUGUGUAUAUGACUCAUAACGUCUAAUUGAGAUUUGAGAAUGUCCCAUAUUUUUGUCCUUAAUUCAUAUGGGCCUGGAUUGAGAUAUUUGUGCCGGUUUUGUUAAGUUACAAUAAAAAAGAAGGCCCAUUAUUGAAUCUCUGGCGAUUUUGUGACGGCCAAUUUCAACUAAAUAAAUCGAAGUCCAUCGUCAGGUUUGUUUCUCCUCUCUUCUCCAGCAAAAAGCUAUCCUACACUACACUUCCCGGUUUCUCCUAAACCCUAGCUCUUCGUACUGUUCUCCGGCGAUUUUGUGAUGGCCAACUUCUCCUAAGAUCGAAAUCCCUUAAAAUUCGUUCCUCUUCUCUUCUCCAGCAAAAAAAAGCUACACUACAGUUUCCGCCUUCUCCUAAACCCUAGCUCUUCCUGCUGUUCUUGUUUCGGAGAUGUAUCUAUACAGUCUUACUCUGCAACAGGCGACCGGAAUCAUAUGCGCGAUCAACGGAAACUUCUCCGGCGGGAAAACACAGGAGAUUGCGGUUGCUCGCGGCAAGAUUCUCGAUCUUCUCCGUCCGGACGAGAACGGUAAGAUCCAGACGAUUCACUCUGUGGAAGUAUUUGGUGCCAUUAGAUCCUUAGCUCAGUUUAGAUUGACCGGUGCGCAGAAGGAUUAUAUCGUGGUUGGCUCAGAUUCGGGUAGGAUUGUUAUACUUGAGUACAACAAGGAGAAGAAUGUGUUCGAUAAAGUUCAUCAGGAGACUUUUGGGAAGUCAGGUUGCCGAAGAAUUGUGCCUGGUCAGUACUUGGCCGUUGAUCCCAAGGGGAGAGCGGUAAUGGUAGGAGCCUGCGAGAAGCAGAAGCUGGUUUAUGUGUUGAACAGAGAUACUGCUGCUAGGUUAACGAUAUCAUCUCCCUUGGAGGCUCACAAGUCCCAUACCAUUUGCUAUUCUGUCUGCGGUGUGGAUUGUGGCUUCGAUAACCCGUUGUUUGCAGCCAUUGAGCUUGAUUACUCGGAGGCAGAUCAGGAUCCCACUGGUCAGGCAGCGAGUGAGGCGCAGAAGCAUUUGACUUUCUAUGAGCUCGAUUUGGGGCUCAACCAUGUCUCUAGAAAGUGGUCAGAGCCGGUUGACAAUGGUGCCAACAUGCUUGUUACUGUUCCUGGAGGAGCUGAUGGCCCGAGUGGAGUUUUGGUUUGCGCUGAGAAUUUUGUGAUAUAUAAGAACCAGGGUCAUCCUGAUGUGAGAGCCGUGAUUCCUAGACGAGCUGAUUUGCCUGCUGAACGAGGAGUUUUGGUAGUUUCUGCUGCUAUGCACAAGCAGAAAACCAUGUUCUUCUUUCUUAUUCAGACUGAGUAUGGGGAUGUUUUCAAGGUUACUCUUGAUCAUGAUGGCGAUAACGUCUCAGAGUUGAAGAUCAAGUACUUUGACACAAUUCCUGUCGCUGCGUCUAUAUGUGUGUUGAAGCUUGGAUUUCUGUUUGCUGCUUCAGAAUUUGGGAACCAUGGGUUGUACCAGUUUCAGGCGAUAGGGGAGGAACCUGAUGUAGAGUCUUCAUCCUCUAGUCUGAUGGAGACUGAAGAAGGUUUCCAGCCCGUGUUUUUUCAGCCUAGACGACUUAAGAACCUUGUAAGGAUUGACCAAGUCGAGAGUCUGAUGCCGCUCAUGGAUAUGAAAAUCCUAAACCUUUUUGAGGAAGAAACCCCUCAGAUCUUUUCACUUUGCGGAAGGGGCCCACGCUCCUCUUUAAGGAUAUUGAGACCUGGUUUGGCUGUCAGCGAGAUGGCUGACUCUGCGCUCCCAGGUCAGCCAAGUGCUGUGUGGACGGUGAAAAAGAAUGUGAGUGAUGAGUUUGAUGCAUAUAUCGUCGUCUCUUUUACCAAUGCUACUCUGGUUCUCUCAAUUGGUGAGACAGUCGAAGAAGUCAAUGACAGUGGGUUCCUUGGUACUACCCCAUCCCUGGCUGUCUCUCUGAUCGGUGAUGAUUCUCUCAUGCAAGUCCACCCCAAUGGUAUCCGUCACAUUAGAGAAGAUGGGCGUAUUAAUGAAUGGAGAACUCCUGGCAAGAGGUCGAUUGUUAAAGUUGGCUAUAACCGGCUUCAAGUGGUCAUUGCAUUGAGUGGGGGAGAGCUUAUAUACUUUGAGGCAGAUAUGAGUGGUCAGCUGAUGGAGGUGGAGAAACAUGAGAUGUCUGGAGAUGUUGCUUGCCUGGACAUUGCGCCAGUUCCUGAAGGAAGACAAAGAUCUCGGUUUCUUGCUGUGGGAUCUUACGAUAAUACUGUUCGUAUUCUAUCUUUGGAUCCCGAUGACUGUCUGCAGAUUCUUAGCGUGCAGAGUGUCUCAUCAGCUCCAGAGUCUCUGCUAUUCCUCGAAGUUCAGGCAUCGAUUGGUGGGGAUGACGGUGCUGAUCACCCGGCGAAUCUCUUCCUCAACUCUGGUUUGCAGAACGGUGUUCUGUUCAGAACAGUGGUGGAUAUGGUGACUGGUCAGCUUUCUGAUUCUCGUUCUAGAUUCUUGGGGCUGAAGCCUCCCAAGUUGUUCUCCAUUUCUGUGAGAGGUCGGUCUGCGAUGCUGUGUUUGUCUAGUCGACCCUGGCUUGGUUAUAUUCACCAGGGACACUUCCUCUUGACGCCUCUUUCUUAUCAGACUUUGGAAUUCGCUGCACCUUUUUCAUCUGAUCAGUGUGCCGAAGGUGUUGUCUCUGUCGCUGGAGAUGCGCUGAGAAUUUUCAUGAUUGAUCGGCUUGGCGAAACCUUCAAUGAAACAGUGGUUCCUCUGAGGUACACGCCUAGAAAGUUUGUGAUCCAUCCCAAGCGGAAGCUGUUGGUUAUUAUCGAGAGUGACCAGGGAGCAUUCACCGCAGAAGAGCGUGAAGCAGCGAGAAAGGAAUGCUUCGCGGCUGGUGGAGUGGGAGAAAAUGGCAAUGGCGGUGCAGAUCAGAUGGAGAAUGGUGCAGAUGAUAAAGACAAGGAAGACCCGCUUUCCGAUGAGCAGUACGGUUAUCCAAAAGCGGAGUCAGAAAAGUGGGUUUCUUGCAUCAGAGUUCUCGACCCGAAGUCAGCCAAAACAACUUGUCUCCUUGAACUUCAGGACAACGAAGCUGCAUACAGCGUCUGUACGGUAAAUUUCCAUGAUAAAGAGUAUGGUACUUUGUUGGCUGUUGGCACGGUCAAGGGGAUGCAGUUCUGGCCAAAGAAGAAUCUGGUGGCUGGGUUCAUACAUAUAUAUAGGUUUGUGGAAGACGGGAAGUCACUUGAACUUCUUCAUAAGACACAAGUAGAAGGUGUUCCUCUUGCUCUGUGCCAGUUCCAGGGAAGACUGUUGGCAGGAAUCGGGCCUAUCCUGAGAUUGUAUGAUCUGGGGAAAAAGAGACUCCUUAGGAAAUGUGAAAACAAGCUUUUCCCAAACACCAUCAUCUCUAUCCAGACGUACCGUGACCGUAUCUACGUUGGCGACAUUCAGGAGUCUUUCCACUACUGCAAGUACAGACGUGAUGAGAAUCAGCUCUACAUAUUCGCGGAUGAUUGCGUGCCGAGAUGGCUGACAGCAUCGCACCAUGUGGAUUUCGACACCAUGGCAGGUGCAGAUAAAUUCGGGAAUGUCUACUUCGUGCGGUUGCCUCAGGAUGUGUCUGAGGAGAUAGAAGAAGACCCGACGGGCGGGAAAAUCAAGUGGGAGCAAGGGAAGCUGAAUGGAGCACCGAACAAAGUGGAUGAGAUCGUGCAGUUCCACGUUGGGGACGUUGUGACGUGCUUGCAGAAGGCUUCGAUGAUACCGGGAGGAUCAGAAUCCAUAAUGUAUGGAACAGUGAUGGGUGGCAUAGGAGCGUUGCACGCAUUCACAUCCCGUGAUGAUGUCGAUUUCUUUUCUCAUCUGGAGAUGCAUAUGAGGCAGGAGCAUCCUCCUCUCUGUGGCAGAGACCACAUGGCUUACAGAUCUGCUUACUUCCCGGUCAAGGAUGUGAUCGAUGGAGACCUGUGUGAGCAGUUUCCUACACUUCCAAUGGAUAUGCAGAGGAAAAUAGCCGACGAGCUGGAUCGAACACCUGCAGAGAUCCUGAAGAAGCUCGAAGAUGCAAGGAACAAGAUCAUCUGAUUCAUUAAAAAAAAAAGAAGGGAUGUCUAUGGUUUUUGCUCAAGAGGACGAAGAAGAGUAGAGGAACGUAUUUUUUUUUGUUUGUUUUAGUUCAUGUUUGUACAACUCUUCUGACUCAUGAAUCUCCAUCUUAGCUGUAUCCCCACAUCAUAGUAGCUACAGUGAACGUUAUUGGAAAGCUAUCUAGUUUUUGAUCCUGAACGUUAUUGAAGAGAUCAAAAUUAUUGGAUGUGAAAGCCAAACUGUGGUGUAAGUUGGGGUUUCAGCACUCAAUAUCGAUCAUGAAACUUAUUUUCGUAGCCUCUGUAAUAGUAUAAGAUAUACACAAGGUAGAGUAAAUGAUGAUUUACUAUAGCUAAUAAGCCCAUUCCUUUGGAAGAAAAACUUGUUUGGAAUGAGAGGAGAUGAUGUUGGGACAUGGCUUCUUCUUGGGUCUCUUCUCUUCUGAGCUACUCACCGGUCUUGCAGGAAGAAACACUCCAGUGCCACGUGGCUUGAUUCGCCCUGCACCACCAGAAUCAUCACUUGGCUUCUUGAUGAAACCACCACCAUAGUGGUUCAACGCGUACCACAUCCUUGGCUUCCACUCAUACUUGCUACCUCCUCUAUAAUAACUCUGUUGAUCAAAAAAACCUCAUUGAAGAGGUUUGAAGGUAAGAGAAACAAUCCUUCUUCCACACCAAUCACAACCUCUCUUUUGCAAGACAUGUUGCUAAUACGAUUUGAUAGACU